ACAUGGGAGAGAACAGAGCACAGCAUAUUUGUGUACUACUAGGAGGGAAACACGAAAAAAGCAGAGCAUAGAAACGCAAGCACAGGAUGGUGGUGGCCAAGAGGCGCCUGCCCCUAGUGACCUCACUUCCGCGGCCAGUGCGAGAGGCGAGGGAGCUCCAGCCCUGCCUGUAAGGUCUCGGAAGUACGCGGCGGAGAGGACGAAAAACGGAGGGCCAGUCUGUUGCGGCUGUGGUGGAGAGGAGAAACCAGGAAGAAGAGGCUCACCUUCCACUCGGCGACCGUAACCGCCGCAGCGGAAGGCGAGCGCAGACAUCAGCAGCAGCGGCCCCCCAAAUCUCGCCCCUUGUCCUGGCGGAAGCGGGAGCCGGAAAGACGCACGCCGCAGGGGCGGGACUGGAGAGGGGGCUCCGCGCUGAUCUCGCGAGAGCGUUAGAGGGCGGAAGCGCUAUUCGAGCAGGAUGAGGUUCGUGGUUGCGUUGGUCUUCCUGAGCGUCGCAGCGGCUGGAGCCGCGCAGCUCUCGGAAACCGCAAGUGUCAAGAAAGAAGAAGCUGGAGUUCGGCCUUCUACAGAAAACGUCUCCACUCACCCCACCUUGAGCCAACGGCCUGGAGGCUCUACCAAGUCGGAUCCGGAGCUGCACACUGCAGUAGAUAGCCCUAGCAGGUCGAAUCCGGAGCUGCAGACUUCAAAAGACAGCCCUAGCAAGUCGGGUGCGGAGGCGCAGACCCCAGAAGACAACCCCAACAAGUUGGGUGCGGAGGCAAAGACCCAAAAAGACAGCUCUAGCAAGUCAAGUUCGGAGGCUCAGAUCACAAAAGACAGCUCCAGCAAGUCGGGUGCGGAGGCAAAGACCCAAAAAGACAGCCCUAGCAAGUCGGGUUCGGAGGCGCAGACCACCAAAGACAGCACUAGCAAAUCGGGUGCGGAGGCGCAGACCCCAAAAGACGUCCCUAAUAAGUCGGGUGCCGACGGCUCCAGCAAGUCGGGUGCGGAGGAUCACAUCCCAAAAGACGCCUCUAACAAGUCAGGUGCGGAGAAGCAGACUCCAAAAGACGCCUCUAAUAAGUCCGGUGCAGAGGAGCAGGGCCCAAUAGACGGGCCUAGCAAGUCAGGUGCGGAGGAGCAGACCCCAAAAGACGGCCCUAGCAAGGUGGUUCCAGAGCAGCCUUCCAGGAAAGACCAUUCCAAGCCCAUCUCCAACCCUUCUGAUAACAAGGAGCUCCCCAAGGCCGACACAAACCAGUUAGCUGACAAAGGGAAGCUUUCUCCUCAUGCUUUCAAAACCGAACCUGGGGAGGACACUGACCUCAUUUCUUCCCCACAGGAGGAAGUUAAGUCUUCAAAGCCUACUGAGGAUGUGGAGCCCAAAGAGGCUGAAGAUGAUACAGGACCCGAGGAGGGUUCACCGCCCAAAGAAGAGAAAGAAAAGAUGUCCGGUUCUGCCUCCAGUGAAAACCGUGAAGGGACACUUUUGGAUUCCAGGGGUAGCGAGAAGGAUGACCUUUAUAGGGAGAGUUCUGGAAAUGCCAGCGCGGAGAGCAGCCACUUCUUUGCAUAUCUGGUGACUGCAGCCAUUCUUGUGGCAGUCCUCUAUAUCGCUCAUCACAACAAGCGGAAGAUCAUUGCUUUUGUCCUGGAAGGAAAAAGAUCUAAAGUCACCCGGCGGCCAAAGGCCAGUGACUACCAACGUUUGGACCAGAAGUCAUAACAGAAUGGUAUAUUCCUCUGGAAAAAGAUGAACGUCACCAAUGGAUUGUGCUGCUCUCGUUUCAGCUUUGAAUUUUUUGUCCUUGAGAACCUUGUCCUCCCUGCUGAUUUGUUUCUAAAUCAAAAGAAAUGAAGAAAAAAGUACUGUGACCUAAGAGACACCCUCCUCUAGGAUUUAGUGGCAAGUCUGGGCUGGCAGAGGUAGAGGGUUGCUUUGGGGUUUGCACCUGCACUUUGGUGACAUCGUUCUUCUGUGUUCCCUUUAUUUAUGCUGGUGGCUUCCAUCCAUUCCUCCGCUGAGUGUGAGUGGAGGGCCAUGUGGAAACAUGGCUAUGACCAAAGGGAUAUCCCAGUCUGGGCAGGUUGCGCUGCUGACCACCCUCCCUGGGGCCCAGGCUCUGUAGGAAAGCUGGCCCUUGACUGUGGCAUUGCACUCUGCACUGUUUCUCUCUGCAGACCUAGGGGAAAACUGCAGGUAGAAGUGCUUUUCUACUAAGGCUUCUUUGGGGGGGGGAUGUGCCCUACAGAAGACAUAGAAGAUGGGGAAAUACCGAUGGGCAAAGAGCUACUUUGAAUACAUAAUUCUCUUCAAAGACUUCAGCAGCAAACCAAAACAGCAGGUUAAAAAAAAAAUGCUUUUCUGGGUGCAAGUCUAACCUGUCUAGCGUGAGAUCUUCUUGAUUUUCUGAUUAUUUUAUGUAACUUGAAACAAAGUGAAUCAGCUUCCACUUGGUUGUGCCGAGCAUAAAACAGAACUUGGGCUUCCUGGCAGUGAGGCCACUGUCCCAUCACAGAUUUUUAAAAUAAAUAUGAUUUGAAAUAGUGUGAUCUUUCACACAAUCAUA